AUGGGUAUUUCCCGCGACAGGCGGCACAAGCACCGCCGCACAGGUGGGCGGUUCCCCGUUCACCAGAAAAAGAGAAAGUUUGAACUCGGCAGGCCGCCUGCCAUGACCAAGUUGGGUGCGAAGCGGGUCCGACCCGUCCGUUGCCGCGGAGGAAACAUGAAAUACCGAGCUCUCCGCCUCGACACUGGCAACUACUCCUGGUCAUCGCAAAAAAUCGCGAAGAAGACUCGUCUGUUGGGCGUCGUGUACAAUGCGUCCAACAACGAGCUUGUCCGCACAAACACCCUGGUGAAGAACUCCAUCGUCGCCAUCGACGCCACGCCCUUCAAGGCUUGGUUCCGCUCGUUUUACGGCAUGGACUUGGGAAAGAAGAAGGCCGGCCAGGAAGAAGAAGGAAGCGGAAAAGUCUCGAAGCACACUCUCUGCCUCCAGAGCAAGCAUCGCCAGCAGGGCGUGCCGAAGCUUGACCCUCUUCUUGAGGAACAGUUCAACACGGGACGCCUGCUCGCGUGCAUCAGCUCUCGUCCCGGCCAGUCUGGCCGCGCCGAUGGAUAUAUCCUCGAGGGUGAGGAGCUGAUGUUCUACAAGCGUAAGAUGGACAAGAAGAAGCACAAGUAA